CGCCGUAGGUGUCCCAGCGCGGUAGAGUGGAGAAUCUGAUGGCAUGGCCUUAAUUACCUUGUGGAGGAACCUUUGCCAUUUGUCUGAUUUUCGGAUCCACGGAGCUCUGGCCGCUCUGAAAAACCAUCCUAUAAUUCAUGUUCACAAGGUAGCCGAGGAGCGUCUGUGUCUGUGGUUCUGUUCACCGCAGGCUGAGCCUCUCGGGGUCAGGUUCCAUCACGGCUGUUGUAAAAACUUCCAUUCAGAAAACGGAAAUGACCUUCAUCCGGCUGGUGAGCCCAUGUUCUCUGAAGCACACGACUGGGAUAGGCCUGAACAAAGUCUUACAAGUGUGGAUGAGCAGACGUUUUACAGGAGACUAAACAGCUUCACGUCCUCGGAAGAAGUGUUGAGUUUUAUAAGCUGCAAACUGCAGACUUUGUCUGAUACUCUAGCAGCAGGCGCCUUACAGCGGAUUUGUGAAGUGGAGAGAAAAGAUGGUGAUGAAAAGCUGCCAAAAGAAAUACUAAAGAACCGUGUCUUUCAGGCACUAUGCAUUCAGUGUGAACAGGAACCCUCAGGUCUGCCGGACACGGUUUUGGUGACCACUUUGCAAGCUCUGACUCUGUUGCAUGUGGAUCCCCACAGUAGCUUGGUUCUGAGCCUGGUGGCAGAAUGCCAGCGUCGCCUCAAAGGGGGUGGCCUGGAAGUCCACAGUCUUUGUAUUCUUGGGGAAAGUCUGAUCAAACUACAGGGGCCGGGCUGUGCAACGCUAGAACUGGUGAUAGGUCAGCUGAAAAGGGAAAAGUUGGAAGAAUUUACCCCUGAGGAUAUCGUGGCUCUUUAUAGAAUCCUGCAGGCUUGUACUGAAAAAGUGGGCCAACACCAAGCAUUGCUUAAUAAGCUAAACAACUUUUCUCUGUCCGUAGUUUACAGCUUGACUCCAACAUCAAUGAGCCAAAUCCUCAGUGCCCUGGUGGUUCUUGAUCAAACCCAGGCACUUCCUCUGGUUAUAAAGUUGGGAAAAUAUGUUGUGAGGCAUAUCCCUCGUUUUACUAAUGAAGAGCUCAGAAAAGUCUUAGAGGCUUUCAUAUACUUUGGGCACAACGACAGAUUUUUUACAAAAGCCCUCGAGCAGCAUGUAGCCUCAGUGUGUCUCACUUUGGAUCCUGAGGUUGUCAGCAAGGUCACGGAGUACUGCAGUAGGAAGCGGAUUCUUUCAAAACCCAUCCUCGAUGCAGUGGCAGAAACCUUUGUUUGCCAAUCAGAAAAAUUUUCACCUCAUCAGAUCUCUGAGUUAAUCGAACCAUUUGGAAAACUCAAUUACUUGCCCCCGAAUGCCUCUGCUUUCUUUAGAAAGCUAGAAAACACGUUGCUCACUCAUUUCAAUUAUUUUCCACCCAAAACACUACUGAAAAUUCUCCAUUCGUGUUCUCUAAUUGAAUGCCAUCCGGUCAACUUCAUGGCAAAAAUAUUCAGCCCUUAUUUUCUUCAAAAGCUGCAAGGUGAAGAAUCCUAUUUGGACAGACUGAGCCUCGCACAGCUGACCCAACUGUACUUAACCUCGGUCCUAGAAUGCCCUUUCUAUAAGGGUCAGAAACUUCUUCCUAAAUACCGAGUGAGAUCAUUUCUUACUCCAUGUUCUUCCCUGGAGACUCCUGUGGAUUUCCAGCUUUACAAAUUUGUGAAGAUUGGACUGGUUGACCUUUUGGGAGCAAGACUGUAUUUUGCUCCGAAAGUGUUAACGCCGUAUUGUUACACAAUAGAUGUUGAAAUUAAAUUAGACGAAGAAGGAUUAGUACUGCCAUUUACAGUCAAUGAAGAUGUGCAUAAGAGGGUAGCGCUGUGCAUUGAUGAUCCAAACAGGUUUUCUCUGAAUACCAAACACUUACUGGGAAAGGAAGCCAUGAAACAGAGACACCUGCGCCUGCUUGGUUUCUGCGUGGUGCAGAUCCCCUAUUAUGAGAUUGAGUUGCUAAAAUCAAGAGUGGAAUUGGUGGAGUAUUUACAAAGAAAACUAUUUCCUCAAAAGGUGGGCGUUCGUUGGUAACAGGAAGGAAGACUGGCUUUAGGACUCAGAAGAACUGGUGUUUUCAUGGGACUCAGGACAAAACCAGAACAAACAUUGUGAAUUAGCCGUUUGUUCAUGGACUGUGGUGAUCUGGAAAGGGUCUAGUUUUCCUUAUACUGUGUAUACACUUACCAGUGGUAAAUUUAAAAUAAAUUUUUAUUUUUAUUUAAUACUUUUAGAGGGACUUUUAUACAUGAAGCUAUUGGUCGAGUACAAUAAAGGAACGUAAUAA